CCCCCCAAAGCCACUCAGAGAAGUAAUAGUGUAUAUAACCAAUGACUGAUUAAAGGGCAAUCGGUGAACGGUCGUUGUUUUCGGUCCUGUGGACAGCAAAGAAAAACUCCAGGCAUCAGCACUAUCAUAUCUUCUGCAGAUAAAGGAGGUCACAUAUAAAAGAAAUAUAUUGUUUUAAGGGAAUGACGGAUUCUGUCGGGUCCUCUGAGCACACCUGUGAGACAGAGACCUACAAAGACGCAGAAGCAUGCCGUGCGGUGUGGUCAAGUCCUUUUUGUUGAGCCUCUCUCGGAGGAAGCCCAUCGAGCCGGAUGGCGAAGAGUCAACCUUUAACCGAUGCCUGACCACGCUGGAUCUGAUUGCCCUGGGUGUAGGGAGCACCCUGGGAGCCGGGGUCUACGUGCUUUCUGGAGAGGUGGCCAGAGACACUUCAGGACCAAGCAUCAUCAUCUCCUUCUUCAUCGCUGCCUUGGCUUCUAUAUUUGCCGGACUGUGUUAUGCAGAGUUUGGAUCCAGGGUUCCCAAAACGGGCUCAGCUUACCUUUACAGCUAUGUGACUGUUGGAGAGCUGCUGGCUUUUAUCACCGGCUGGAAUCUGCUGCUCUCCUAUGUCAUAGGAACAUCAAGUGUUGCGCUGGCGUGGAGUGGGACGUUUGAUGACCUGAUUGGAGGCGUCAUUUCCAAGUUUUUUGAGAAAAAUGCAGCCAUGGGCCUCCCUGGAUUGGCGCCUUAUCCAGAUGUCUUUGCAGCUGGUCUGGUCCUGCUGCUCUCAGGCGUGCUGGCGUUUGGCGUGAAAGAGUCGACAAACAUCAACAAGAUCUUCACGGCGAUCAACAUCUUGGUGCUGCUGUUUGUGAUCAUCUCUGGAUUUAUCAAAGGGAACAUCUCCAACUGGCAGAUCAGUGAAGACGACUUGAUAAACGCCACAGCGCAGUUUAACAACCUGAGCGACACAGUCAAUGUUACAAGCAUAUAUGGAGUCGGAGGAUUUUUUCCUUAUGGCUUCAGCGGCACCCUGGCUGGAGCUGCAACAUGUUUCUACGCCUUUGUUGGGUUUGACUGCAUUGCUACAACAGGUGAGGAAGUGAAGAACCCUCAGAAAUCUGUCCCUGUGGGCAUUGUGGUUUCACUUCUGAUUUGCUUCCUGGCCUACUUUGCGGUGUCUGCUGCCCUUACCUUGAUGAUGCCUUACUACAUGCUGAAUGAGAAGAGCCCGCUGCCUGUGGCCUUUGAGUACGUCGGCUGGGGACCGGCCAAAUAUGCCGUGGCUGUGGGAUCGCUGUGUGCACUGUCCACCAGUCUGCUGGGCUCCAUGUUCCCCAUGCCUCGGGUCCUCUUCGCCAUGGCAAGAGACGGGCUGCUUUUCCAGCCUCUGACCAAGGUCACUGCUAAGGGCAGUCCUGCUAUAGCUACCAUAUCAUCUGGAGUCGUGGCAGCCAUCAUGGCUCUUCUGUUCGACCUGGAAGCUCUGGUGGAAAUGAUGUCCAUUGGUACUCUGUUUGCUUACACACUUGUAGCCAUAUGCAUCCUGAUACUGAGGUACCAGGCAGGUCCAUCUGAGGACACAGAUCUGCAGAUCAAAGAAUCCAACUCCAAGUUUGGAUUCCUGAGGCGUCAGUCAUCUCCUAACUCUGUCACAUCAAGAAGAGUCACAAUCCUGACUAUCAGUUCUGUUGUGUGUGUGCUUGCACUGUGCCUCACCCUGACUCAAGCCAUAGACGCUCUGGUUAAUGCAGAGGCAUGGAGCGUGGUCCUGGUUUGCAUCUUCUCCUUCAUCCUGCUGCUCAUUGUAGCCUUUAUAUGGAUUCAUCCACAGAAUCCCACAAAGGCAACCUUUAUGGUGCCUUUUCUCCCCGCUCUACCUUUACUGAGCACGUUCAUCAACGUCUACCUGAUGGUGCAGUUAGGUUCUGCCACAUGGGUCCGAUAUGCUAUCUGGAUGUUAAUCGGAUUAGUUAUCUACUUUGGCUACGGACUCCGUAACAGUGUUCAGAGGAAGAGGUUCAAGGUCGACCAGAUCAACAUCGACACGAUCAGCAGGAAAACAGACAUGGACAUAAUUAAAGAGGAGAGGUUCUGAGCCCAGAGGGAGUAAAGAGCAAUACACUGAGAUGUUACAUAUAGUAACUGCUUUAAACAUCUACCUGCUGUUCUACAUCCUUCAAUCUACCGCCAGCCUUUCAUACCAGAAAGUGCCAUAAACAGCUUUACAGAACCAGAAAUGUCCAAACAGGAGGACAUUUUUUACCACAGUGCACCUUUAUCACAUCAAUUUACACAGAAACACUCGUUUUGUACUGUUUAACACUGUUCUUGACCAUAACAAUAUUUAGAAUCAGAUAAAUAUAAUAUAACUACUAAAAGGGAAUUAGAGUGAAGCUUUGAAGGCAAUUUGAAAUUGAAAUAAAUCUUUUAACAUAUUUGUGCGUUUAUACGAUUGAUUUUAUUAUGUUGUUUUUAUGUGUUUUUAUAUGUCUUAUUGUACUGCUGCCUCUUGGCCAGGUCUCCCUCGAAAAAGAGAUUUUAUCUCAAGGGACUUC